GCGACUUUAGUCGCGGAACGCGCCGCACUCCUGGGCAGUCUUGAACGGUGUCGCCGACACAACACGUCGAGUGAGCGGACUCGACCCGGUUCUCCCGUGUAUCGGCAUCCCGAAAGCUCGAGCCAUUUGCGCGGACCGACCGCGUCAGCCAUGAAGCCUCAGGACGCGCCACGCGACCACGGAGACUCCGAUAAUAUGACAAGCGAGCAAUCACUUUUGGGGAACGGAUACAUUAACGGAUUCUCUCGGGAUGAUAAAGUAGUUAGCAAGACUGACUUCCAGUAUGCUACCGCCAGUGAAACGGGCUUAGAUGGUCCAAACCAGAUUCUUCAGACGGACGUGGAUGCUACCUCAAAAGCCGAAGGCCGCGUAAGGAUAAAGAUAAACAGUGAGGAUGUUGAUAAGUUCCAGCCAAUGUCCGUUCCUGGACUCUUGAUGAAAAUUGCAAAACAAUGUCCGAACCAGAUCGCUUUGGUAUCGAGAGCUGGAGUGGACGGCAGAAAAACAACGUAUACUUACAGGCAAUACGAAACAGAGGUGAGAGUUGUGGCCAAAGCUUUCAUAAAAUUAGGAUUGAAACGACAUCACAGCGUCUGCAUCCUAGGCUUCAACUGUCCGCAAUGGUUUAUCUCAGAUCUUGCCGCGAUUUAUGCAGGUGGAUUCGCCGUAGGAAUUUACACAACAAAUUCUCCCGAAGCCUGCCAGCAUUGUGCAGACAGUAGUCGUGCUAACAUAAUUGUAGUAGAAGAUGCUAAGCAAUUAGAAAAAAUAUUACAAAUAAAGAAGAAUCUUCCUCACUUAAAGGCAAUCAUACAGUUUGAAGGAAUACCCAAAGAGAAGGAUGUUUUGAGUUGGGCUGAUGUAUUAGACAUUGGAAGAGCGGAAUCAGACGAUAGGUUGGACUCUGUACUUCGGAGUAUCGGGGCUAAUGAGUGCUGUACACUAGUGUAUACGUCAGGAACAGUUGGCCAUCCGAAAGCGGUGAUGUUGAGUCACGACAAUUUGCUCCACGAUUCAGCUUGCAUCGUAAAGACGAUUCACCUGAAAGAUGAAUGUGAAGUUGUCGUUAGUUUCCUACCAUUAUCGCAUGUCGCCGCGCAGGUGGUAGACAUAUUCAUGUGCAUGACAGCGGCAGCCACGGUUUAUUUUGCGGAUAAGAAUGCACUUAAAGGCAGUUUAGUAAAGACGUUAACGGAGGCGCGUCCAACUGCGUUCUUAGGAGUCCCACGAGUUUGGGAAAAGAUUUAUGAGAAGAUGCAGGACGUCGCUCGCAGUAAUGGGCCUAUAAAAACAUGGAUCGCGAAUUGGGCUAAAGCACAAGGACUGUAUUAUAAUAUGAAUAAAAUGAACGGGGUCGAUUACAAACACUGGGGGUACCUCAUUGCAAAGUGGCUAGUCUUCAAUAAGGUGAAGUCAACGUUGGGUUUGGACAGGUGUAAAAUAUUUGUUACCGCUGCAGCACCGCUAAGUACAGAAAUCAAAAGGUACUUUAUGAGCUUGGACAUUCCUAUAAUGGAAGCAUACGGAAUGUCAGAGUGCAGCGGAGCUCACACGCUCAGUUCAAAUGAACGUUACAGGCUCGGAAGUGUAGGUCCAGUUAUGAAAGGACUCGGGACAAAAUUGGACAAUCCGGAUGACACUGGUGAAGGAGAAAUUUGCAUGGGCGGUAGACACGUCUUCAUGGGUUACUUGGAUGUACCGGAUAAAACUAAAGAAACAAAAGAUGAUAAUGGAUGGUUGCACAGUGGCGAUCUUGGUAGAAUAGACGUUGAUGGUUUCUUGUAUGUCACAGGAAGAAUAAAAGAGCUCAUAAUAACAGCUGGUGGCGAAAACAUUCCACCAGUUCAAAUAGAACAUACCCUACUGUCGGAACUCAAAGUCCUCAGUAAUGCCGUGUUAAUUGGAGAUAUGAAAAAGUACUUAACAGUUCUAGUCACACUGAAGACUGAAAUGGAUUCGGAAACUGGAGCACCCUUGGAUACUUUGGCUUCAGAAACAAAAGAGUGGGCCCGAUCCAUUGGCAGUAAAUCGGAAACGGUUACGGACGUUUUGCGGACUCAAGAUCCAUGUAUAUAUAAGGAAAUUGAGGACGCUAUUCAAAGGGCAAACACGCAUGCUAUAAGCAAUGCUCAAAGAAUGCAAAAGUUUCGGAUCUUACCGCACGAUUUCUCUGUACCAACUGGAGAGCUGGGACCAACGCUCAAGGUUAGGAGAAACGUUAUUUACAAGGUUUACGCGGAUUUAAUUGAGGAUAUGUACAAGUAAACAGACAGUAGAAAAUGAAAUGCUAAGGAGAGUGCUGGACACCGGUCUUAAUUGAAGCAGUACAGAGAACAGGGAGAGUAUCUUUUAUUUUCCGUGCACCAGCACUUUUCAUGAAUUCCAUUAAUGCGUCAAUAGAUAGUUGGUUACAAAGCAUACAAACAUGUGAUAUUAUGUAAAUGCGUUUUCAAUUUAAUUAAAAUAAACUAAUACUUUUCGUACAGUUAUUGGUGUAUCAUAUUUGAAAUUGAGGUAAAUUUCACCGAAUAUAUCUCAGUAAAUGGUGUUCAAAUACAUAUGAGAUUUGAUACAAUGUACUAGGUAACACAUACUAGGACAUCUAUUUUUUUCAUAUGUAAACACGAAACAAUUGAAUUUUCAACUGUAACUGCAAGAAAUUGAAAUUCAGUGUAGGCAACUAUUUGACGUAUUUGAAUUUACUCUUCAAUGAAUGUUUGUGCUCUGUUUAUACUGCAAAUAAUUUGUAAAUAUACUUUAACAGUAAGAAUUUGCAUUAUGACAAGAGUAUACCAGUUUUUCAGUUGAUCAAGUCCCAUCGAUGAUGUUUUGUAAAAUUGAUAUAAUCCUUAAUAUGUAAAAGGAAACCUUAUAUAUUUGCUAUUUGUAGUCUCACUUUUCUAAACCCAGCAGGUCUUCAAAAGCGAAAUUUUCCUGUUAAAAAUGUCUGCAGAAGAUAUAAAAAAAUAACGAAACUAUUUGUAAACCCAUUGAACCCAAAUUUGAAAGAAUUUUUAUAACAUUCACCUUGAAUUUAUCAAAAACGUUUAAAGGCAUCAACUUUCAUUUCAUGUGAAAUGGUAUGUAAAACAACCGUUAUUAUUCAAUUUUUGUUUUCUUUUAAUUCAGUGAUAAGAAAAUAUUUGAUUCAUUUAAAUGGAGUACACACAACAGGGUUCAUCUCAUCGGUAGAAAUGCAAAAUAUUGCAAACAUUUUCAUGAUUCACGGAUGAAGUAAUAUGACUUCAAUUUACUGUUAGGACAGUUACAAAAAUAGAAAAUCUGAGUUUACUAUUAGUUUGUACCGAUACUGGAAUAAAAUCAUUAUUUUUAUGUAGACUUCUUACUCUAUUUGUUCCUCAGAAAUAUGUGUUAAGCACCAUUUACGUAUAAUUGGGCACUAUCGAUACUUAACAGUUAUAUCGCUAUACUCAAAACUCACUUUAAGAGCGACCAAAAAGACUCGUGUGUGACCUAUCGAUAAAACAGCGUUCCCAGAGUUAAAUUUCAAAGUCACAAAUAUUAUGUGCCUUUAGGCGCAAAUUAAUUCUACUUCCAAUUAAACGGUUUUGUUAAAAUAUCUUUAUAUAAUAUUCUCUUCGUAGCUUUUCUAAUUCCAGUUGAUAGCUUGACCGACUGAAACGGUAAAUAGAAUAUAGUAAUGUUUUAAUAUUAUUCCAGUCAAUCAUGUUUAUUAAAUUUAUGUGGCCCUUUUCGGUCGCAUUUAUCAAUGAGGGAUUUACGUUAAACUUGUUAAUAAUUUGUGACCAGUACUCUUCUUUUUUGAGUUAUAAAGUGUUUCGCGUAUGAACUACGUAUAUAAUUUUGUACAUAAUAUUUCUGUACGCGUAUUGUACCGAAUUUGUUGAAACAUCUGUAACAGCAUUGUUAUUAGAUAAACAUCGUUAGAAUUACGUCUGUAAAGUUCAAUAAUGUAAAAUAUGUAGUACUUAAGAUGUAAGGGAUCCUAAGAAAGAAAGUGCCUUUUUGUAAGAAAUUAUGUCCAUGUAUAAAUGUAAGUUUCAUUGAUGAAGUUCAAUGAGCAUAAUAAAUUCAUGUGUAUUGACAUGA